AUGGCUUCAGACCUUUACGAUGUCUUUGCGCAGUGGCUUAAGAGCCAAACACAGGCGGAGAUUGUUUUUCUGCAAGAGCUGCACUGGGGAUGUGGGCGUACAGAGGGCAGCUGGAAAAUCGACGGCUGGCAAAUCAUUGUUUCAGCGGACCCUCACAACCGAUACAGCGGGGUCGGCAUCUGCAUACACCCCAAACUGGUGGCCACGUCGGAGAUCACCCAAGUGGUCUGCAUACCUGGCAGGAUCCUACACGUACAAUGCAAGCAAACGGACAAGACCUUGGAUCUGGUCUCAGUGUAUCAAUGGGUCUGGCAGGCACACAAGCAAGCAGAGAUCGAGGCCAAAAGACAGCGAGUCUGGACGGCCUUGGGCAACAUGCUGCAGCGCCUGCCACAAAGGCACCUUCUGAUUAUUGGAGCAGACCUCAACUCCAAGUGCUGCUCCAUUCCUGGCCUGGUUGGACGUGGACUCUUGAAACAGGCACGGCAACACGCUGAUCCGGAACUUGCGGAACUCUUGACGGGAAACUCGCUGGUUAUGGCAAACAGCUGGGGCAGUGCAAGACCGGCACAGAGCCACACCUUCAGCAACGGCGACCAUAGAUCGCAGCUGGAUUUUAUACUGGUCAGGCGAGGGGUUGCAGAUCGACUCACGAAGGAGGCUGGUGUUUCAAAAAAAGGGCCACCGCCCCCCGAGGUUGAGGCGCUGGUAGCUGCCUCUGACCCGACCCAGGCCAUCUACGACUACUUUAGCAAGGCUUUCAGUAGGUCACAGGAUUUUCAGUGUCCCCCCCUAUCGACUCCCAUCACCUACGACGAAGAGACCAUCAAAUCCGCCAUCUCUCGACUAAAACUUGGCAAAGCUGUUCCGAAGCUAAGUGUGCCAGCCGAGAUCUGGAGAUUGUGCCCAGAUGCGAUGGCUCGCAAGUUUUGCAGCCUGCUCGAGAUUAGUCAGGCUGGUGGCCAAAGACUGCCAGAGCAGGUCACCGACUGCAGCCUGGCGCUGCUGCCAAAGCCUAACAAGGCAGGCAGGCAGCCACAGGACCUCCGCCCCAUAGGAGCGUGCACGGUGCUUUUCCCGUCGGGCCGUCCUGUGCCAGAGGCGGAGCCCAGCCAGCCACUUUUGGAAGAGCCGGAUUUUCAGGCCUCGUGUAAACGGAACUGGAAGGAAGUUUUCCGUACGCCGAGAUAUGCCCUAAAGCUGAAAAAUUACUGUGCCAUCUGCAAUCAGUGGAUUUCCAUGAAAGGACCAGGCACAAAGCAGCACAUCCGGCUCAUGCACAAGGAACAUGCAGAGCUCCAUGCCGAAGCAGUGGCUCGCCAAACCACGAUAGGUCUCGUAGGCCUCAGCCCUUGCCGGUACUGCGCGGAAGAGUACAAGAACCCACGUGCGCGAAUCACGCAGCAGAUGACCGAGGACGCGCAGCCGAGCCUAGCGGCCAAGGAGGUCACGGAGUUUUUCGGGGGGAAGAAGGACGGCGACCAGGAAGCAAUGGAAGCGGAGGAAAGCUGGGACCAAGAGGGACGGAAGCCCAAGUGGAGGAAGCCAGAAUGGGGUCAGGGCAAGGGCUCACACUGGUGGGGAGGAGCCCAGAAGCGCGGCUGGGAGGCUGCUCAGAGCUCCGGACAGACGGAGUCAGCCAUGGACUCCCAGACGGUGGAGCUACUCAAGGCUCUUACCAAGCUCUCGCUGAAGCACGAGGCCGAGUUAGGCCGACUGCGUCCCGACCUGGGCUUCAUGGCUUUUUUCGACGUCAGCGACCACGGCUACCUGUCCCAACUUCGGGCUACUGCACUGGACUGGCAGGAGAAAUGCGAGCAGGGCCUCGUGAAAAGCCCACUCCGACACAUCCUGUUCAUUUUCUUGAUCCGCGAGUUCCGCACCCGCCUCCAGGCCUUGAUGAACGACGAGGAGAAACUUCAGAAGGCCCACACCAUGGAGUGGCUGGUCGAGGGCAACACAGCCCUCAAUCCCCGCUGGCAGUACUUUCAGUGGAACCCCACACUGAAAGCACAGGAGGUGGCGAAGGACACGCCUCCGAUCGGCCAUAUGGACCUGCUCUCCCAGCUGGACAUCCUGGAGCAGCACGUGACCACGGGCAACAACCUUACCCGGUUCCAGGCCGUCAGAGGGCUGGAAGAGGAGUCCCAAAACGAGGUGGAACCCUUCAUGAUUUCUUUCGGGUUCAGAGACCCGACGUCACACCAAUGCCACGCGGCCAUGACUCGCAUCAGCGGCUGCGCGGCCACCAAGAUCUUGGGAUUCCGGGUGAGGCCAGAGCGAGCUGCUCGUCAGCCGCGCGCGAAGCUGGUCGCAGAUGCAUAUCUUCAGACGAAGUACUGCGACUGGAAGCCCAGCAAGCCACGGGGCCAGCGCCAGACACAGGCCGCCAACAAAUAG